AACAAACCGUUCAUCGGAUACGUAUCGAAUUUUUUUUUUUUUUUUUGAUUCAAUCAAAUAAUCAAAUCUUCCAUGAAACAUUGAUUGAAAGAAUUAUGUUUCGUCGAUUGACAUUCCGUCAAAUAUUCACGUUAAUUAUCUGCAUAAUUCUUUUACAAUUAUUAUUACUUUUAUUAUCAACAUUUUUAUUUAAUUAUAGCCAAUACGAAACUAUUUCUGGCCAUCAUUCGAUCAUUGAUAUUCAUGAUGGAUGUAAGAUUGAUGAUAAACAAGCAAUUAGUGCAUUGAAUCGUGUUCAAACAUUGGAUUGUCGUCAAAAAUUAAUCGCUGCCUAUUGUAGUAUAAAAUUUCAACCAUCAUGGCCAUCAAGAUUACAGAAUGAAUGUCACGCAAAUUCCAAACUAUUUACCUGUAUGGAAUUUCGAUCAGAAUUUCUUAAUCAUUUUGUGGAUAAAAAAUCGAAUAAAAUUUUACGUAUAGAUCCACUACAACCAUUCAAUCAUACUGAUUGUACGGAUCUAUGCAUGCAAAUUGAUUUUGAAUUUGCAUUAUUCGUAUCGAAUCAAUAUUGUAUAUGUACAAAUAAUUAUCAAUCAAUCAUUGAUCAAACAAACCAUACAGAAUGUGAUUUACAAUGUGUCAAACAUUCAAAAUGUCCAUCUAAUUUUUUAUUUAUCAUUUCAACCGGUAUUAAAAGUAAGUUUUCAAUUCAAUUUACUAAUAACAAUCUUCAUGUGAUUUAAUUUAAUAUAUUAGAAAUCCACCACCAAUUACCACCGUUAAUUACAACGGAUGAUCAUGAACAAAAUUUCACUAGGCCAAAAAUAGUCUUUCUUCUACUGCUCAGUGGUCGUUCAACACUUCAAGUGAAUAGAUUAAUGUUGAACAUUUUCGAUAAUCAUCAUUACUACCUUAUACAUGUGGAUGCUCAUGAUAAUUACCUAUAUGCUGAACUUAAAUAUUUACAACGGAAAUAUCCAGCCAAUAUACGAUUAACACAACAAAGAUUCGAUACAAUAUGGGGUGGUUCAAGUCUUUUGACAGCAAUUCUAUCCUGUAUUCGUGAAGCAUUAAACGAAUGGAAUGAUUGGAAUUUCAUUCUGAAUUUAAGUGAAUCUAGUUUUCCAAUCAAGAAAAUUAAACAAUUAGAACGCUAUCUAUCGCUGAAUCGUGAACGGAAUUUUAUUAAAUCACAUGGAAAAAAUACAUUUGAUUUUAUUCAAACACAAGCACUAAAUAAAGUAUUUGUACAAUGUGAACGACGAAUGUGGCGUAUAGCAGAUCGAUCAUUGAUCAAAGGUAUUGUUUGGGAUGGUGGUAGUGAUUGGAUGAUAUUAAGUCAAUCAUUUUGCCGUUAUGUAACUAAUGAAUUGAACAAUCGACGAUCCAGUCUAGUCCAUGGUUUACGUAAUUAUUUUGAAUUUUCACUACUUCCAGCUGAGAGUUUUUUCCAUAUUGUCUUAAGAAAUACUGCCUUUUGUACGACCAUAAUUUCCAAUAAUUUAUUGGCAACCAAUUGGAAUCGUAAACGUGGCUGUAAAUGUCAGCAGAAAAAAAUUGUUGAUUGGUGUGGAUGUUCACCGAACAUAUUUCGACUUCGCAGUCCAACGAAUAGUCGUGGUGAUAUUCAACGAUUAAUGGCUACGGAAAAAAAGCCAUUAUUUUUUGGUCGAAAAUUUUCUCCACUAAUCGAUGGACAAGUGAUUGAUUUUGUUGAGCUAAGAUUUUUGAAUCAAAAUUUCAGGCUAAAUAAUUUGGGCAAAAAUUAUGAUUUAUAUCUUGAAAAUAGUUAUCAUUCUCGAUUUGAUUUACCAAAUCAUUUACCAUGGUUUCGCAGGAAUUUUUUCACAUUUUUCGCUUGUCAAUUACUUGACUCUUUAUGCUCAAACAUUUACAAUAAUCAAUGUGAGAUUGAAAUAAUUGAAACAAAUCUAUUGUUUGACAAUUCGAAUGGAUUCUAUGGUACAAUCGUUCGAUUUCAAGAAUCUAUUCAAAAUUAUAAAAUUGAAAUGAUAUUACGAUCAUUUUCAAAUCAAACCAUUAUAUUUGAUUCAUCAUCUGUGCCGAGAUUAAAAUCACUAAAGGUAUAUGAAUAUUUUCGUAACACGGAUUGUGUUCUGGAAUCAAACCAACCGUUAGAAGUAUGGCAUGAAUGGCAACCAUUUUUUGGUGUAUACCAUAUUCUUUUCAUUUUCAUCGAUCCAUGGAAUCGUAUUGCUAAUGAAAAUCGUAUUUUAUUGAACAAUACAAAAAUAACUGAUAAUGAUCGAAUUGGAAUAUUAUAUCGACAUAAUAAUCAAACAUAUUAUCCCAUUAUGAAUGGAUUAUGGAAAUUGUUAAUUAUGAAUGAAGCCACCGACUCUGUCAUUGGUAUGGGAAGAUUUUUUAUCCUUCCAACUGAUACAAACGAUAAUGAUGAUAUCAAUAUGGUUAGAUUGAACCAUUCAACAACAAACAAACAAUCGGUCACAUUUAUAAUGGGAAAAUAUUCAGAAUUUUUCCCUCAAAAUGGUAUUCAUCUAUCAAUGAUCAAUAAGAUUUGGUACAUACAUCAAUAUUGUUUUCAUCAUCAUAAUGGUGAUCAUUUAUGUAAAAAUUUCAAUACUACAAUUUAUCAUCAUAAUAACUGUGAUCAAGUCGAUUGGAAUGUGGACAAAUUAAAAGCCCUUUAUUCAUUUUGAUUGAUUGAUUUUUUUUUUGAAUUGAAAAAAACCCUAUGAAAUAAUUUUUGCCAUUUUUUUCGAUAAAUUUUUUCCAUAUAUGCAAUAACAAAAAAAUAAAAAUGUGUAAUUCAGUGGUCAUGCACCAUAUUAUCAUAUAUAUUGCACCGACAAAAAUGUUGAAAUUCAUUUGAAUUAAAAUAUACGUAGUCAAUGUAUCA